UUCUAUUCAGAGGCUAUCCUCACUCGUAGAGGGCCGCUGGCCAAAGUAUGGCUGGCGGCACACAUGGAGCGCAAACUCACGAAAGCUCAGACGUUACAAACUGAUAUCGAGGAGUCCGUCGAGGCGAUUGUCGGGCAGGAGGUGGAGGUCAUGGCUCUGAGAUUGAGUGGACAGUUGUUGCUUGGUGUGGUCCGGAUAUACAGUCGGAAGGCGAAAUAUCUGCUGGAUGACUGUAAUGAGGCGCUUCUCAAGAUCAAGAUGGCUUUCCGCCCUGGCCUAGUCGACAUGCUAGAGGACCAACUCAACGUUAAGAGCACCGCCAUCACCCUCCAAGGCGGAGACAUUGACCUGGACAUGCUGCUCCCCGACAUCAACUGGGACAUGGACUUUGAUGAACAAAUGCCGCAGCCACAAGGCCAGUACGUCGCGCGCGAAGCCGACAUCACCCUCGCCAACGCCGACGGCUUCGAGUUCAACCUUGAUGACGGUGGCGGGUACGGCUGGGACCUCGGGCCCUCCGACGGGAUCGGGUCCCAGGACUUCGAGGUCGACCUCGGGCUCGACUUCGGCCCGGACGACAGCAUGAGCGUCGAGAUGGGGCGUGAUGCCGCACCCCCGCGCGCCCCACGGGAGUCGCUGGACUCACGGCUGGCGGGCAAGGCGAACACUGACUUGGAUAUGGACGUGCUGUCGCAGAGGAGCAGGUCCCAGGAUCCGUUUGGCGCGGAUGUGGAUAUGGAUUUUGGGCCUGAUCUUGGUGGCAUGGAUAUUGACCUCGGUCUUGACUUCGGGGAUGGGCCUGGGGCGACGGGGGCUGCUGAUGUGACUAUGGAGGCUGAGCAGCCGCAGAGCGACCGGGAGAAAACGCCUGGAUAUACUAGGUCAAUAACGUCCCCACUGUCCGAGCCUCCCAUGACCCCGCCUCCAGACAUGGAGAUCACAGCCGGGGCCGCCGCCGCAGAGGCGCAAGGACUAACAGGCAAGGCUAAGCGAAAGCCAAAGGAGAAGAAACAAAUCAUCGACUCGGUCACCGAGCUAGCUGACGGACCCGGCGCGCGCGUCGGCCGCGGACGCAACGCCGGGCUGGGCUCGCAGCAAGCCAAGGACGUCAGCGGCAUCCUCACGGAGCAGCACUUCCUCCCCGCCUCCCCGCUCGUGAUGCGCCUGCUUGAGAUCCGCGAGGACCCGAUCGCGCACUUCCUGCCGACGAAGGUAACGCCGAACGGCACGUUCUUCUGCGCGGCGCCGCCGGGGAUGGCGCCCGAGCUGGCAGAACUGUUUUUGAGGCCGGUGCAGCAGCACGGGGUGGGCCCCAAGCGCCGCCAGGCAUCGCCGGAGAAGGGGCCCAGUAAGAAGGCGAGGCUGGAGGAGGGGAGCGUCGCGGGUGAGGAUGAAGUGGAGCAGGCGCGGAGAGCGGAGAGUCUUGCCCCAAGCGUGGCUCUGGGAAGCGAAGCCUUGCGCGGUAGCGUAGGCCCCGGCGACCUCAACUUCGACCUGGGGGACAACACGCUUGGUAUGGAUGAUUUCCAGAUGCCCAUACCAGAAAUUGGGGACCUGGCCCAGGCGGACGUGGAUCUUGUCCGAGCGCGCUCCAAGUCCGCUGCACCCUCCGAGCUGACGCGGUUGUCCCGGCUCUCGACUCCGGCGGUGGAGGGCGAGGGUGACGAGACAUAUGCGGAUGCGGACUGCCCCAUCGCUAUGUUCGAUUCGCGGUCUCAGUCUCAGUCGCAAGAGAAGGAAGCGGAGCCAGCUGAACAUGAUGGUAAAGGGUACAGCCGGAACACGGUCAAGGCAUUGUCGAUUAUUAGGAGGGAGCUCCAGCCCGAUGAUGAGGAGCAACAGGAGAAGGUGCUCAGUUUCCGACAGAUGUCUCACAAGGCUUCCCGUCGGGCAGCGGCUUCGUUCUUCUUCGAGCUGCUGGUGCUCGGGACGCGAGACUGCGUCAAGCUGUCGCAAGCUGCACCCUUUGAUAAUAUCGAAGUGCGUGCAAAGGAUAAGUUGUGGGAGCGGCAGCGUCACGCGUCGAUGGCACCGUCUGUGGCUUCUGGGGCUGCAUGA